UUUCAAGCUAGGCUACGCCUGCACUGGGCUCCCCAAUGCAAUCUCCUGCAGCUGGAUCUGCUCAAGGGUAGCCAAGCUGGGAAUGUUGCAUGGACUAAAAUGCGGAGUUGCUGCCUGAAGCCCGCUGAAAAAGGAGCUGAAUGAAACACACUCGCCUCUUGGGGUGGGGUCGAAGGUCCACAAGGUGGAAUCUGGGUGUCAAAAACCUUCAUCCCUCAAGAGAGAACAUUAUUUUGAUCUUGCUGGAGUCUGCCCUGGAGCACAGAUUAAAGAUGAGAAAGAAAGAUUCUGCUGGCCUGGAUGUAGGAAAUGUCCCUGAUGUCACCCAGGCUGAGAGCAGUGGGGGAUUCUGGGAAAGGACCACGCAGAAGAUUUUGAGUGAGGACCUCCUGAACACAGAUAUACAGUGCCAGCACCUCUGGCAGUUCUGCUACCAGGAUGCUAAGGGGCCUCGAGAGAUUUGCAACCAGCUGCACAACCUUUGCCAUCAGUGGCUGAUGCCAGAAAGACACACGAAGAAUCAGAUCCUGGACCUGGUGGUCUUGGAGAGGUUCCUGACCAUUCUACCCUCAGAGAUUAAGAGCUGGAUCAGAGAAUGUGGAGCGGAGACCAGUUCCCAGGCAGUGGCCCUGGCAGAAGGUUUCCUCCUGAGCCAGGCACAGGAGAAGAAACAGGAAGAGCAACAGAUUCCAGGACUGUUGUCAGAAGCAGCUCCUGAUUUCUCCGAGGCAGAGAGGGCUCCAUUGGAUGUCAGGCAGGAAGCUGGCGGAGCUUCCACCUCGCUGGGUACUGGACUGACUCUGCCAAUGGAUUCUCGGCCAUCUCUUCUUGCUGAUGGAGCGGAAGAGGCUUCAGUGCAAAAAGACCAAGGUCCAAUGACCUUUGAGGAGGUGGCCGUGCAUUUCACGGAGGAGGAGUGGGCCCUUCUGGAUGCAGACCAAAGAGUCCUCUACAGAGCAGUCAUGGAGGAGAAUUAUGAGAUUGUGUCCUCUUUGGCAGGUGCCAGUUGGGAGAGUGAGAACGAGGGGAAACCGCACAGAGGAUUGUUGGGAGGUGUCGGAAGGACACAGAGAGAAGAGCAAAGAAUAAAAACUGAAGUCAAACAGAAGAAGAAGAAUAGAUCUCCUGCUUCUCAGCAUGGUGAAUUGCUUACAAUCACAAUCCAGUGGGGGAAUGAGAAAGUAGUAGAGAAGACUCUUUGCCCUUUCAACAGGAGGAGCUUCAGUUCUGAAUCCAGCCUUCAACCAGUCAAAAGCUUGGAAUGUGGGGAAAGCUUCCGCAAGAGAGGAAUUCUCAGUAAACAUCAAAGAACACACACUCUGGAGAAACCAUAUAGUUGCUUGGAGUGUGGAAAGAGCUUCAAACACAGCACAAGCCUGACUUCACACCAAAGGAUCCACACAGGAGAGAAACCAUAUAAAUGCUUGGGGUGUGGAAAGGGCUUCAGUCAAAGUUCAAAUCUCACUGUACAUCAAAGGAUCCACACAGGAGAGAAACCAUAUAGAUGCUUGGAGUGUGGAAAGGGCUUCAGUCAAAGUUCAACUUUCACUGUACAUCAAACGAUUCACACAGGAGAGAAACCAUAUAGAUGCCUGGAGUGUGGAAAGGGCUUCAGUAAAAGUUCAAAUCUCACUUUACACCAAAGGAUUCACACAGGAGAAAAACCCUAUAAAUGCUUGGAGUGUGGAAAGGGCUUCAGUAACAGUGCAGAUCUCACUAUACAUCAAAGAAUCCACACAGGAGAGAAACCAUAUAGAUGCCUGGAGUGUGGAAAGGGCUUCAGUAAAAGUUCAACUCUCACUGUACAUCAAAGGAUUCACACAGGAGAAAAACCAUAUGUAUGCUUGGAGUGUGGAAAGAGUUUCAGUCACAGCACAAGCCUGACGUCACACCAAAAGAUUCACACAGGAGAGAAACCAUAUAGAUGCUUGGAGUGUGGAAAGAGCUUCAGUCAAAAUGCAAAUCUCUCUUCACACCAAAAGAUUCACACAGGAGAGAAACCAUAUGAAUGCUUGGAGUGUGGAAAAAGCUUCAGAUACAGCACAAGACUGACUUCACACCAAAAGAUCCACACAGGAGAGAAACGAUAAAGAUGCUUAGAGUGUGGAAAGAGUUUCAGUCAGACUGACUCCCUCACUUCACACCAAAGAGGAACCAUAUACAUGUUUGGAAUGUGGAAAGAGCUUCAGACACAGCACAAGCCUGACUUAUCAUCAAAAGCUUCACGCUGGUGAAACCAUAUAAAUGCUGAGAGUGUGGGAAGAGCUUUGGCUGCAAGCACUCCUUUAUUCCUCUCUGAAGUACCACUCUACCUAUUCAUGAUGUAAACGAAUUCCUGGAAAUGAGCUACAUUAAUCUGUAUUUGGAAAAAAGAACCAAAACAAUGUCUGCCUUAAAAGCUUACAUUUUAAUUGUG